UUAGAUCGUUGGUAUAACUUAUAAACAACAAUUACCAUUAUAAUUUUUCACAAAUGAAGUAGAAAAAGCGAUUGCGAAUUCAAGGAAAUUGGCGAUUAUGGAUUUUCAAAUCAAAGAAGAAUCUUUUGAUGCGGAGGAAGAUUACAAUGCCUACCAUAGUGAGACUAUAAUUAAGAAGGAGGAACCAAUGGUGGAAGAGGAUUUGGAAUACGAAUCCUUUCCGGAAUACCAAGUUGAAGGCUAUUCAAUACAUUUUCUUGACGAAAGAAAUGAUAGUAACGCCAAUGACCAGUUUUAUGAUUAUGGUGAUGAUUACGAGGAUGAAUAUAUGUACGAUGAUGACGCUUUGUUUGAUGCAGAAUCUUUGGGCCCCUCCGAGCAGAGUAAGGAAGUUGUAAAUCACAAUAAUAGCAGAAAAUCCGGCCACUUUUUUCGCAAGCGCAGAAAAGCUUCAGCGAUUCAUAGGCAACUGGAGCAUUUACUCAGUCACAGCCGGGUCCGCAUAAUCUGCCCGGUGUGUCAGCUAAGAUGCAAGUCACUUAGCCAGUGGGCCAGACACCUCAGUGCUAAUCAUUUUGACUAUACUGAAGAACUAAAAAGUUACUUUAACUACUCGUCUCUGCAUAAGGCCACCUGCAAGCAAUGCAAUCAAGUAUUGUCAUUUUAUUCGAAUCAUUUUGUUCACUAUCUCAGCCUUCACUGCCCGGAGAAGCGCAAAUUGUUCAUAUGUAAUGUAUGUAAACUACACAAGGACUCCAAUGUCGAUUCCAUAAUUAAACAUUUGGAAGAGAAUCACAAAAAGCCCAGUGAGGCAGAAAGCACUUGCCCAAUCAUGUUGUGUGCCGUACAAUUUCCGGAAGUUUUACAUCUGCAGCAUCAUUUUAAGCAAGCCCACAUUAAGCAAUAUAAGACAAAAUUUGAGUUUUUCAGUUGCCAUUUGUGCAAUCACCCAAAAUUCGAUGCGGAAAGCCAUUUCUAUGACCAUUUGAUGAAUCUCCAUGGUUUGUGUGACUACAACUGGAAGAGAUUGAAGUUUCGACAAAUUAUUGACGACUCAGAUGAACACUUUGAAUGUAGCAUAUGCUCGGCGGUGUGUGUCGCCACAUUGUCGUCUGGGUACUCGCAUGAGUUGAUGGAACACUAUUUGACGCACGAGCAAAGUUCCUUUUGGUAUUGCAGAUACUGCCAUGGGAAAUUUUCAUACAGCGAUUUGACACACAUGUGCAAGGAGAUGCAUAAAUAUUUUGCUGUACUUGAUCCAUCCGCUUCGGAGUUUCCUUCAGCAGCACCGUCCCAACCGAGUGCUUCGACCUCUUCGAAUCUAAGCCACAAAAUUGUCAACGGACAAACCGAGGACUGGGAAGCUUUUGAAGGGUAUAUUAUGCACGUUUGCCCUUACUGCGGCAAUCAUUUUAAAACCUUUGACGAUUGGCAGCUACAUUUGAGAAUGCGACAUUACAUACACACAUUGAGAGGUUUGGGCAUGGCUGUGGACGCCGAUCCCGAACACUUUCGUUGCAAACAAUGCAAAGAAUUGGUUGGGAAAACCUCUAGGGAACUACAUACUCACCGUUUCAAGCAUUUACCGCAUAUGCCAUACGAGUGUUUGAAAUGCUAUCAAAAACUGCCGGAUGUACAAAGAGCCUUUGAACAUUUUCUCACCCAGUGUGGUGUAGUAGAGGCUACCGAUUCCAAAGAUGUUGAGAGCAUGUGUUUUUCCAGGCUGCUACGGGAUGAUGAAAACAACUGGAUUGAGUUAUUUUGUGGCUUAUGCAAACAUAUUCAAUUCUCAAACAUGGAGCAUAUCGAAUGUCACUUUAAGAUUUUCCAUAACAAUUUUGAGGAGAACUUCAUCAAGAGUUCAAAUAACAUUGAUAUGAUGUGUGGCUCUUGCAACACCACAAUUCGUAGUGUUAGUAGUGAUACUUGCUUGAGCCACUACAUUAGCCACAUAGAAGGACCUUUUAAAUGUUUGUAUUGUCAGCGCAUGUACAAAGAGAUGGAGAUAUGUAAACGACAUGUUCGAAGAUUCCACAAGAUUGGGCCACGCAUGAAAAGAUCACAAUUUGCACUAUUCCGCCCCAAGAAGACAAUUAUUCAACCCAAAGCGGAAGCAGCCAAAACAGUGGUUAAAUUGGAAUCGCCUACUUUGGACAAUGGUGCCGCCAACACUUCACAGGAGGCUUUGAACACAGGCCUGGGCACAUUGUCUUGCAAGGCAAAUGUGAUGAACGAAUUUGAAAGCUUUAUUUCCUAUGCCUGUGCAGAAUGCAAUCAAAGAUUUGACCGAAACCCCACUGCUUGGAAUGAGCACAUCAAAUCUCAACAUACUUUCUUCAACGAUAAUGAAGUCUCUGAAGUGGUCAAUGGCCGAUUCAAGUGUAAACAUUGUGAUCUGAUGCUGGACAGAAGCAUAUCUCAAAGACAAAAGCAUAAACUCACACAUAUGCCCUACAAGUCCUUUAUUUGUGCUAUAUGCGAUACGGGUACUACGACAUUGGGACUGCUUUAUGGACACUUGAGGAGAAUUCAUUUUCGUAAGGGCAGUUUUGAAUGUCCCAUAUGUCUGGUGGUACUAACAACAGCCUAUGAACGAGCCAAUCAUGUUAACAAGACCCAUCCACGUUCCGAGUGGCCCAAGAAGAUGUGUUUGAUUUGCUACAGAAAUUAUGGAUCUUUGUCCUCGCACAUGCUUACGCAUGAUACCAACCGACCGAAGCAUACCUGUCCCGAGUGUGGUGUGGACAUUAUAAACUUGUAUGAUUUGAAAAAGCACAUGGAGAAGAAACACAACACCAGCGAGGACAAGUUCAGAGCAAUGUUUAUGAAGGCUGAAGAAGAUGAUAACGGUGAAUCCAACAAUGUUGAUCCUCUGUUUAUCCCAGAGGCGGAGGAGCCGCCAUCGCCCAAUCGAAGGAAAUCGAUUCGCCACAAGGGAGAUAAUAACAUCGAUAACUAAACAUUCAAUUAUAUUAUAUACGAUACGAGUAAAUUCACUAACUAUUAUUUAACUAUUUAUGUCCUUAUUUACUCUUAUAAAUUUGGACAAGUUUUCCAAUUUACUUUCAUUUUCUAGAGUGCUUAAUGCAGCACCAUUAGCUAUUA